AUGAAUUCUAUGAAUCUCUGUUCUCCGCUGUACUCCUGGAGCGUCCUCGCAAUUUCCUACCGGCCGGCGACGAAGAAUCCGGAGAGGAUUUGGUCGUGGAGGAAUAACAGUAAGACAGGCCGGAGGAGGACUGUGUGUUUGUCUUCGUCCGAUGAUGUCUCCCCCAAUCCUUCCGGAGAAAACAACUACGGGGAUUUUUGCAUCAUCGAAGGGCCGGAGACAGUCCACGAUUUUGAGCCAUUGCAAUUGCAGGAAAUCCAAGACAACAUUAGACGCCGGCGUAAUAAUAUCUUUCUCCUCAUGGAAGAAGUAAGACGGCUAAGAGUGCAAGAACGAAUCAAGAGUGUGAAAGGUGGCCCCGAGCCUACUCUUGAAGACGAGAAUGACGAUAUGCUCGAUGUACCUUCUUCUAUUCCCUUCCUUCCUCGUAUGACAGACGGCAAAGACGUUGAGACAGCUCCAUCUAACGAGCUUUGCAAUGAUACUUGGAAUCAUAGUUUUCGGGGGCCUUAUCGCGCCAACCCUCGAGUUGAAGUUAGGCUUAGGAGGAAAGUCCUAUGCGGAUUUCAUACAACAACUUCAUUUGCCUUCGCAAUUAAGGUGGAUCCGAUCGUAGCCUCGUUCUCGGGAGGGGCAGUCGGCGUCAUUUCAGCGUUCAUGUUGCUCGAGUUGAGAAAUGUCCGGCAACAAGAGGAGAAGAAAUGCAAGUAUUGUAGCGGGACGGGAUACUUGGCGUGUGCUCGAUGUUCGGGGAGUGGGUUGUGUUUGCCGGCGAAACCUAUAGUGGCAAGCGCCUCUGAUCGUCCGUUGUCUACGCCGACUAUGGAAAGGUGUCCGAAUUGCUCGGGGGCCGGCAAGGUAAUGUGCCCGACGUGCCUUUGCACGGGUAUGGCAAUGGCGAGCGAGCACGACCCAAGGAUCGAACCUUUCAACUAUUAGUAGCUUUGAUAGCCAUUUUGACCGUGUUUCUUAUUACCUUCCUUUGUAAGUAUUCUUGCAACAAGUUCCGCUGCAUUACUGUAGAUUUAUUUACCAAAUUUACCUUUA